ACAGCUGCAAGAGGCGACUAACACACUGGCACUACAGGAAUGUAGCUAACAAAUGUCUCUUGUUCGUCAUGAAAAAUCCGUCAUAACGAACAAAACCAGCUGCCACGGAAGAGAUGCCAUACUGUAAUGUGGCUAAGAGAUACAGACUGGUCGCCCUGUUCCUUACUUUGUUUGGUCCCACAGCUGGGCAUCAAACCAGAGGUCAUAAUCAUGCAGCUGAGCAUCAGCAGCACAUCGCACACAGCCCAGCUGGAUUGGAGGACGUGGUUCUCGUGAUCCAGAGCCAGAGGAACUCCUUCCACGCCCAGCGAGGGCAACAGAGAAGGCAGGAGAUUCUGCAACAGGCCGCAGAACUUGGACAGGGAUUUCCAUUUGUCAUUCUUCUUCAUGAGCUUUCAGACUACGAAGGGGACUGGAGCAUCCUGCCUGCCCUUCCUCUUCUCUCUGACUCCUACAGAUCAGCGUCCUGGUUUUUAUUCAUAGAGGAGGAAACGAGAGUCACACUGGCCGCUCUGCUGCAGGUUCUCAGCAGAUAUGAAGCCACAAAGGAAUGGUUUCUGGGUAAACGUAUCCAUGACAUCGAGGCCUCCAUCAUCCACCACUAUGCCUUCUCUGAGGAUCCCAGUUCCUUUGGGUAUCCUGACCCUGCGGCCGGUUGGGCUCUCAGCGCUGCUCUGCUACAGAGACUCGCUGAACGGAUUCAGUAUGAGUAUCUGAAAUCAGACUUCACCAUCGACUUAAUACACGAGAUUGCUUUGUACAUCUGGGAGGAGGGGAAGGGUCCCAAGCUGACAGCAGCACCGGAGUUUUGUACAGAACCGAGAGGCAACUGUCUCACCACGUUUACAUCGUACCUGCCAAACUGUGGUCCUCCAGUGUCUAAAGAACACAUAUUCAUUGCAGUGAAAACUUGCCAAAAAUUUCACUCAGAGCGAGUGCCCGUGGUAAAGGCGACCUGGGAGGCAGACGCCGGCCCGUUAGAAUACUACAGUGACGUCGCUGACAGUUCCAUCCCUACAGUCAGUCUGGGAGUCCCCAAUACAGAGAGAGGACACUGUGGGAAGACAUUUGCCAUACUGAAGCGGUUCCUAAGUAACGCUGUGCCAAAGGCUGACUGGUUACUCAUUGUUGAUGAUGAUACACUCAUCAGUUUGCCUCGGUUGCGACGCCUGCUGCGGUGCUAUGACCCGAAGGAGGAGGUCAGUCUGGGAGAAAGAUACGGAUAUGGUUUGGUUCAGAAUGGAUACAGCUACACCACAGGAGGAGGAGGGAUGGUGCUCAGCAGGGCGGCCGUGUCCAGGAUCAUAUCAGGCGGAUGUAGCUGCUACACCGAUGAUGCCCCUGAUGACAUGGUUCUGGGAAUGUGCCUGAAAACACUCAGCAUUCCCAUCACACAUAGUCCACUGUUCCACCAGGCCCGACCGGAUGACUACUCAGAGAUGCGGUUAUCCUCGCAGCAGGCCAUCUCCUUCCACAAGCACUGGAACGUGGACCCGGUGGCUGUCUACAAACACUGGCUGCAGGACACCCAUCCACAUGAUGAACUGUAGGAACUGUGAGAGUACUGUCCACAAACACUAAAUCAAUUUGUAUGCUCUGCAGGAUUCAGCUACAAACACCUACAUGCAUUUAAAAAGGUUUUCUGCAAGUUCUUAGAAUGCAGAUGCGCCUGCUUUUUAACAUGGACAGCCAGUUCCAACAUAAUUAAACAUAAUCCUUUGGGUAUUUGCUAAUUUACAACUGGUGUAGGUGGAGGAUUUUACUACACUGCAA